AUGACGCGUCAACCUGUGAACACUGGCGGCGACGACCUCGACGACGGCCUCGAGCUCGACGCCACCCUCCUCGCCUCUGACGACGAGGACCAGUUUGGCUCCGACGUCGAUGUCGACGCCGAGGGCAUGGACGGCGCCGAGUUCCUGAGCGACGACGAGGACGAGGCGCCCGCCCCGCGCGCCAGCAAGCGCAAGGCCGAGGCUGUCGACGGCGACGACGAUGACAAUGCCGUUUCGACCGGCGACGCUACGGCCGACGCUGCCGCCAGGAAGAAGCUCAGGAAGGAGAAGGAAAAGGCGCGCAAGGCUGCCAAGCGCGCCGCACAGGCUGAAGAGACCGCCGUGGAGCCCACCCUCCUCACUCGCGAGGAGCUCGCUGGCCUCUUGCUCGACUCGGCUCGCGCCGCCUUCCCUUCUGGCACCGCCAUGGAGAUUGAUGAUGUCGCCGUCCCAGCCGACCGCAUCCUGUCUCCCCCCCGACACCCUCCCCGACUCAAACGGCGACGCGUUCGCGCCGCUUGUGCAGCGUCUUACGGACGGUACGUUGUGCUGAAGGAUGCCCCCAAGAAGCCUGCGGCCGGUACCCCACGUGCAUUGAUCAUCUCGCUCUCGGGCAUCCGCUGCGCCGACGUGAUUAGGGCUGUCAAGUUCAUCCCUCGUCCCGGAGGCGAGGUGGCAAAGCUCUUCGCCAAGCACUUCAAGCUCGUCGACCAGGCCAAGUACCUCGCCAAGACCCGCGUGGCGAUCGCGGUCGGCACGCCUGCGCGCGUGGCCAAGCUCCUCGCCGACGGCUCGCUCAAGAUCUCCAACCAGACCAUUGUCCUGCUCGACGUGGGCCACAAGGACGUCAAGGAGCGUUCCCUCCUGACUCUGCCCGAAGUCCGCGACGAGCUGUGGAAGAGCCUGCUUUCGGGCCCCGCCAGGGCUGCGCUCAAGAACGCGCGGUUCACUGCCUUUUAA